AUGAAUGAUGGGUUGAUUCAAAUUGAUCAGUUGGAAGAUCAGAUUAUCGAUCAUCCGGAUGAACGCACCAGGAGAGAGCUACAUGAUACUUCAUUGGAUGAAACAUUUCAAAAGAAAUUGAGUGCCAAAGCCAAAGAGUUUGAAUCUUCUUCGUUAGGUGAUGAGCUGGGCGAUGCUGAUGAUAGCAGUAGCCAUGAUGUUUCAAUGAGCUAUCAAUUCUUGACAACAAAACUGCACUUAAAUUACAAACAUCAGGAGUAUGGAGAUUUACAACAAGAGAUAUCUGAAUGGUUUACUUUCCAUGAUUUGAAAUCCAUUGGUGGGUUGGACGCUCUAUUGGAAAGUUUUGAACAAAAUACCGAUAUGGAUGAGUUGGCGACAAAGUUAUUGGGGUGUAGCAUAGAUGACAAUUUGGCGUAUUUGAAAAGCAUAUUGUACUAUUCGUUUGGAGAAUACGCAACAAAGUCAUCGAUUGAAGAACAAGUCAGCCAAAUAGAGACCAAUAAUUGUAAAUUGUUGCAGUUGGAGAUUUACAAGCCAUUGGUAAAUAUCUUGCUUGGCUUUUUCACAAACAGGAUGGAAAUUGAUACAUCAGGUGACAAGAGUAGUGCCCUUUCGAAAAAGGUUGAGGAUACUUAUUUUCGAAUAUUGACCAUAUUGUAUUUGCUUGUAUUGACUUCGCUACACAAUCGUCGGCAACUGCAAUCAUUUCGAAAAUUCUUGCAGGCUUCAAAUGUUUUGGAGUUGAUUGUACAAUUUAUUGAACACUGGAAGUGGCAUCACAAUAAUAGCUAUCGAGUUCGAUAUUUGGUUUUAUUAUUGGACAAACUAUUGCUAUUGGAAUUUGGUAACAAAACUCAACUUGUAUCGUGCGAUGCAUUUUUGAAAGAAUUACACCAUAUUAAAACAUUUGAUGAUGCAGCUCAAGAAAAGCCGGUAUUGACCUGUUCCCCGUUGGAUUAUUUUGCAUUUAGGCAGGAUUUGCUAGAUAAAUACCCAUUGUAUGAGCUAGAUGGAGUGAAGAAUUUGAAAGAGACAGUAUCAAAUGAGUCAAAAGAUGCAUCUAUUGAAGAAAAGUACAAGACAUUUAUGGCGGUCAAUGCAUACUCAAACUCACUAUCAAAUAGCAUUGAGAUUCCCAAAACAAAUAAAUCACAUACCGUAUUGAGCCAACUACCGGCACAGCCAGUGCAUAUCGCUACUCCACUACCGUCACCAAAGCUAAUGUCUUCUGAUUUUAUGUCUGGAGGUGAAAAAAUUAGAAAAUCAUAUCAGGUCAAUCAAUCAAUGCCAUUCAUCUACCCCAAUGAGUCAUUGGAUGGUAGUGGCCCAAAUAUACCGGUAGCCUUAUUGGAAGCAGAUGAGAUUUUAAAGAACUCUGUAUACGAGAGCUACUCAAUAAAGCAAUUGUGGAGUGAGCGUGCAAAAUUCAUGAAGCAAGAACGUGGGUACGUUAAUGCAUAUGAUGAUAAGGACGAAUUUGAUUAUUCCUUUGAUGAGUUGAGAAAUGAGUACCCUGACAAGCUAUCCGAGAUUGAUAGUCUUGAAAGAGUGGAACAAUUUUAUUCGACAACAUUUUUCCGACUCCAUUCUUUAAUUGAAGUGUUUUUGGAAAUCAUUAAGAACAAUCGUGCUGAUAAAAACUUGAGCUUGUAUGAGUAUGAAUUAAACCCAAGUACUUCAUUCAUGGUGAAGUCAAAAACAUCACAUGAUAAUGAUGAAGCAACAACUAGAGUUGAACAACUCUUGUUGCUGCAGUUGGAAGUUAUGAAUGUUAAAGAGAUAAUGACAAAAACCGCGGUAGGAAUAAUCUCGAGAUUACUUGAGUGGUUUAAAAUAAGUCAUGUUUUGAAAUAUUAUUACCUUUCCUCGAUUCUUUUUGAUCAACAAUUUGUCACCACGAGUUUGGAUUUCAUCAGCAACAGUUUUAAUAAUCAAAAUAACCAGAGUUUGUCCCAUCAACUGGGUGAAAAAAAGGAUGAGUUGUUGGAGUAUGAGAUGUUGAUCAAUCAGAACAAAUUGAUGAAUCCGCAGAUCAAGCUUUCAAAAUUGGAUUUUUUCCACAAUUGUCUUCACAUGAACUCAGUAACCACUGAGUAUACAUUUAUCAACAAGACUUUCAUUCUGGAACUUCCCAAGGAGCUCGAUUCAAAAAAAAUUAGUCAUGUAUAUAUUCAAAAUUUCAAUCACAACUUUGCAUCAAUCUUGGCCGAUAUAUUAGAAAUCAACAACAAGAUACUCCUCAAGAACCAAAGUCAACGUAUUUUUUCCAUCAAUGAUAUCAAACCUUCUGAAUUAUUCAAAAUGAUUCUUAUCAAUUAUGAUAAUGAAGCAUUUUCUCACCCAAUACUCAAAAUCUUGAAAAAAUUGGUUCCUUAUCAGGGCCGCAAAUGGAAAAGCAUGAAUAUGGAUCUAAUCAGCACGAUCUAUCUAAAUUGUAAAUUAUCAAUGAAGGAUAAUUGGUUAAGUGGGAAAGAUUUGGGAAGUGAGUUUAAUAAUAGUUAUGAUCAAGAGGUUGCCUUGAGGGCAUUGUUGCAGUUUUAUAAUAUCAAGAGGUAUAAUGGGGAGCAUCUAGGGUAUAAACUACAACGAGAUGAAAUUGUGGAUGUGCCACCAUUAAAAUUGAAUGAGCCAGAUUUUGAAAUAAAGGAAUAA